UCUGUCAAAGUCUUGUCAACAUCGGAUCGGCUUUGCUAGGUCUUCCCCUUGCUCUUACCCUUGUAUAGACCGUGGAACCAUUCAUUUCAUGCAUAGAAUAUGUAUAUGUAGCCGUGACUGUCUCAGCUUUCAAUGGACAUCGUGAUAUGAACGUUCUUGAUGAUAACCAGCCAAGCCACGGUACGGCUCGAGACUCGCUUGAAUCUUUGCCUGCCAGCUUAAGCGGGGAAGAACACUCAGGCCCUGAAGGCACAAGUACCAGCGACGUUGGAUCACAUUCAAUUCCACAGAGCAUUACUUCACGGCUCUUCGUCUCACAUUUCCUCUCCACCUGGAAUUCUCGCGUCUUCGAGUUCGGCGCCAUCCUUUUCAUUGCAAGUCUCUACCCGCGUACGCUCCUGCCAGCCUCUCUCUACGCACUUCUGCGGGGUGUCUCUGCAGUCUUGUUCUCCCCUUCAGUUGGAAAGUAUGUGGACAGCAGGAAUCGUCUUCACGUCGUGAGAGUGUCGAUAGUUGGACAACGAGCCGUGUCCGCGAUAUCCUGCGCUGGGUUCCUAUAUCUCACCUUCAGCAAGCCAAAAAAAAUAUGGAUAGAAGUCCUCGUCCUCAGCGUACUCGGUGGCCUGGCCUGCGUAGAGAAGCUAUGUUCGAUCAUGAACUUGGUCGCUGUAGAACGAGACUGGGUCGUCGUGAUCGCCGGGGACAACGAAAGCGAACUUCAAACUCUUAACUCUCAAAUGAGGCGGAUCGACUUGUUCUGCAAGUUGGUUGGCCCAUUAGCGAUAUCUAUGAUCGAUGGUAUCUCCACCAUCGUGGCGAUCUGUGUCGUCUUGGCGCUUAAUGUCACAUCGGUCCCUGUAGAGUACUUCGCCAUCGCAAAGGUCUAUGCCUUGGUUGGCGGUCUGCAGGAUGAUAGAUCAUCUUCCCAGCCCCUCGAGCAACCCGUGGUCUCUACGACAUCAGAGGGGCUGACAUCCUUCUCGUUGUCAUCAGCGAUACACUCAUUCUAUGCGCCCCUCUCAGACUAUCUCCACCACCCCGCCGCACUCCCAUCAAUCGCGCUAUCAAUUCUCUAUUUCACCGUGCUCAACUUUGGCGCCCAAAUGAUCACCUACCUCCUCAACACCGGCUACAACUCAUCCUUCAUCGGUGCCAUUCGCGGCGUGUCGGUUCUUUUUGAGAUUUCCGCGACUUGGCUUGCCCCGUUGGCGAUGAAUAAGGUGGGGCCUAUCAGGGCUGGGCUUUGGUUUAUCAAUUGGCAGCUUGGAUGUGUGGGGAUGGCGGUAGGCGUAUUUUGGUUUGCAAAACUUCCAUCCUUGGGUGCGGCGGGUUUGAUAAUAGGGGUGAUCAUGAGCAGAGUAGGUCUAUGGGGAUUCGACCUCUGUGCUCAGCUUAUCAUACAAGAGGAAGUCGACUCGAACAGCAGAGGAUCUUUCUCAGCCAUGGAAGCCUCCCUUCAAAGCUCGUUUGACCUCUUGUCUUUCGCAGCCACCAUCGUCUUCUCGCGUCCUGCCCAGUUCCGUUAUCCUGUUCUGCUGAGUGCUGUCGCUGUCUUCGCGGCAACGACCUUGUACUCCGUCUUCGUAAGGAGCAGGCGAGGCCACCUGAUGCAUGUCUUGCAGUGUCUGGGGAAAAUGUACCACAAGAACGACGACGUUGGGACGUCCGCCGAAACUCAAGGACUGUUAGCUUGAGUAUGCAUAGUAUCCGUGCUGUCUUCAGACUUGAAAAAAUAAAAGGUUCCAGUAGCUAUGGAGGCAUUGCUCGAAUAAAUUCAUAUUGAACGAGAAAAAAAAAAAAAAA